AUGGCAGGGGAGUCGGAGCUGUUGGCCCUGUCGGCCAAGGGCCGCCUCGUGUCCUGUGGGCUGUGCAGCCCCGAGGAGCCGGACGUGGAGCUGACCCCAGCUGAGAUCGGCCGGAGGAUCAAGGAGCUGCUGUCGGGGAUUGGGGACACCUCAGAGAGGGCAGCCCCCUCCCAUNUGCUGUGCCACGAGAACGAGAUCUACCUCUCCAACGGCACCGAGUUCGUCUACGUGUACGACCAGGAGGGCAAAGUGCUCAAGGCUGUGUUCCGCUGCCCCGACCAGGUGUGGCACGUGGAGCUGCUGCCCCAGCCCCGGCAGCUCUACAUCCUGUGUGCCCACAGCGGGAUCUACUGCGUGUCCCUGGAGCAGCAGAGCAGGUUAAUGGAGCAGACGGACGGCGACGGCCAAGAAAGCAACGGCCCCUCCGGCGUCUUCCCGGUGGAAGCGGACGCCUGCAUCUUCCCCGACGCCAGCCUGAGCAUGUUCACCCUGCUCAGCACCUUCGUCAUCACGCUGGCCCAGGACGAGGGCAAGUGCGCUGGUGGCAGAGGGACAGCGUGA